CUUAACACUGAAGACUGAUGAGUAAUUUUGACCAAAGAAAAUAAUUGACUGAGUAAUAAGCGGGUUUCAUUACUGCUACAUUUUGUUCUGGAAAAAAAGUCUUACCAUACGAUCCUUGAAAAUAUCGACUGGGCAGUGUUCUAGAAACUAGAAAGUCUACUGUUCUAGGAUAUUCGGAGGGUUGGGCAGAAGAUUCUGAUCAGAGAGAGUCUUCAGUCUUCACACCAGCUCUGCGUUUCUUUUGGUAUUUUUUUUUAAUUUUAACUUUUCCUUGACUACUAAGUGAUUGCCCGUUCAUAAAAAAAAUCAUAGAAAAAGCAAAAAGAGAGAGAGAGAAGAGUAAGAAGACGCGUUUCUGAAAGCCACUCCGUGGAGCAUGUGGAUUAUGGAAUUUGGGGGCCGCUGGAUGCGUUUGGUUGGCCGGCCGCACGCUUGACGGUGUGGCUCCCACGUGUGUCGGCAGGUUUGUUUUUUUUUUUUUUUUUUUUUACUUGUUACUUUCACUUUUCUUUUUGUGGGCUUGGAUGCUGGAUCAGACAGAGAGCUGGAUAGAAUGGGCUUACAAGGAAAUAUUAGAACCAUGGCUUGGCCCAGUACAAUUCGUCCAUGCUACUUAAAUCCAAACUUAACACAGUAAUCAAACAAAACAAAAAGAAAAACCAAAUAAGCAAAUGGGCCGAAUUAGUCAAAGCCCAACUCUAUCACCACUCUACUCCUUUCGCCAUUUGUUUUCUCCGGUUCGGCCGCAUUCUUCCCUUUCUCUGUUUCUCACUCACCCAUCCAAUCCAAGACGAGAAAACAAAACAGAUCGUGAAGCCACAUGGGCGAGUUAAUGCAAGGAUGCAAAGAUCGUGCCUUGGAAAUUGCACUUUCAGAAUCCCCAUGGAUUUCCCCCCACAAUCCUCACCGCCACCGUCAGGAAGGAACAAUACGCCUCAAUGUCUCCUUAGCCAUUUCUCUAUUCGUCUUCCUCCAUCCUCCCCUCCUUUUCAGCUUUCACCGCCCGCCGCCAGAGUUUUCUCCGGCGCUGCUGUUAAUUUUCAGUAUCUCAAUUGUUUACUCUUUGCCCCUCCCUCCACGCUGACGGAUUCUCCAAUGUUGACAUCACCAAAUUCUUUUCAUUUUUCCUGUUAACUCCCACGUUACCUGUCCCCCUGCUGAUUUCCCCAAAGAUUUUCCCUCCUUUAUUUAUACCAGAGAUUUUCCCUCGCGCUUCCCACACACAAGAAGAGAGCCAGAGAAGAAAGAACCCACCAGGCAGAGCUUCAGCUUUAGUGAACACGCCCAAAAAUGGCGAGCAUCGCUUCUAGUUCUUGCUCUUCCGGCGUGGGGAUUCAGAGCAGGGAAAUCGCAGGAGUUUCUUCUUUGACCCACCAAUUCAAUGGCCUCCGCCCUAUUGACUCGAUUCAAUUGUCCCCUUCUAUCACUAGCCCUCCUGCAUUCCUCUCUUCUUCAGCUCGCAAGUCGAAGGGAACGGUGAGGGCGAUGGCGGCGCCGGCGGUUUCGGCGCCGAAGAGGGAGAAGGAUCCGAAGAAGAGGGUGGUGAUAUCGGGGAUGGGAUGUGUCUCUGUUUUCGGCAACGACGUCGACACAUUCUACAACAAGCUUCUAGAAGGGGAGAGCGGAAUCACCCUGAUUGACAGGUUCGAUGCCUCCGAUUUCACAGUCCGAUUCGCCGGCCAGAUUCGCGAUUUCUCGUCCGUUGGGUACAUCGACGGCAAGAACGACCGGCGGCUGGACGAUUGCUGGCGGUACUGCCUCGUCGCCGGCAAAAGGGCACUGGAAGAUGCCAGCCUCGGCUCCCAAGUCCUCGAAACUAUGGACCGGACGAGGAUUGGGGUAUUGGUGGGAACGGGGAUGGGAGGACUAACGGCGUUUAGCGGCGGAGUGGAGGCCCUAGUCCAAAAGGGCUUCAAGAAAAUGUCGCCGUUCUUCAUCCCUUACUCGAUCAGCAACAUGGGCUCGGCCCUGCUGGCCAUCGACACGGGCCUGAUGGGCCCAAACUACUCCAUCUCCACGGCCUGCGCAACCGCCAACUACUGCUUCUACGCCGCCGCCAACCACAUCCGAAGAGGCGAGGCCGACGUCAUGGUCGUCGGCGGCACCGAGGCCGCCGUCAUUCCCGCCGGCAUCGGCGGGUUCAUCGCUUGUAGGGCGCUGUCCCACCGGAAUGACGAGCCGCACAAGGCUUCUAGGCCCUGGGACAGGGACCGCGAUGGCUUUGUCAUGGGCGAGGGCGCUGGUGUUCUGGUAAUGGAGAGCUUGGAGCAUGCGAUGAAAAGGGGAGCCAACAUAAUUGCAGAGUAUUUGGGUGGUGCAGUGACCUGUGAUGCUCAUCAUAUGACUGAUCCUAGGAAAGAUGGCCUUGGAGUUUCCUCUUGUAUUACCAAGAGUUUGGAAGAUGCUAAAGUUUCUCCAGAAGAGGUGAACUAUGUGAAUGCACAUGCAACAUCAACGUUGGCAGGGGAUUUGGCAGAGGUGAAUGCGAUCAAGAAAGUGUUCAAGGACACAUCCGAGAUCAAGAUGAAUGGAACUAAGUCGAUGAUCGGGCACGCGCUUGGAGCUGCAGGAGGGCUGGAAGCAAUUGCAACCAUCAAGGCGAUCACAACUGGAUGGGUGCAUCCAACCAUCAACCAAGAUAACUUGGAGCCUGAAGUUACGAUCGAUACAGUCCCAAAUGUGAAGAAACAGCAUCAAGUGAAUGUUGGUAUCUCCAAUUCAUUUGGGUUUGGUGGGCACAAUUCAGUGGUGGUUUUUGCUCCAUUCACUCCCUAAUAAUUUACACAGAGAAGACUCAGAGAUGACAGACAGACAGCUCCACUGGCAUUUGGUUGUUCUUCCUUCUCCUUUUAACAUUUUUUUUGGUCAAGGCAUUACACAAAUUUGUUUUUUCUCCCUCUGCCAUCAUUUUCGCUUAGCAUUGAAGAUUAUGUUGUAUGCACCACCCCGUUUCUCAGGUCUACAUUAACCGAUACCAUAACCAAUACCGUUUUCGGUGUAUUUGGAGCGAUUGAACCAAUAACACAUUUGCAUCCAUGUAUUCUUUGGAUUUUCUUAGCAGUCAAAGAGAGUCCCGUGAUUCGAACAAGAUGCAACACAUGUUAUUAAGCUCGCGGGUUACUAUCAUAUUUGCUCUGGAUUAUCAUAAACUACCACCCUCAUUUGACACCUGAAGACAAUUAGUAAAUUAUUCUCAACUAAUGAAACUGUGUGAAUCGGUUCUUCAUAUCUUACUGUUUAGAUUUUAGGAAUUAGAAUAUAAUAGGGUAAUUAUAGCAUUCAUCAUACUCAACUUUGCCUUUUACUGCAUUCUAUUAAUGGAGAAAAGGAAUACUCCAAAUUAGAAAAAAGUUGGAAAAAAUAAAUGAAUCAAACUUAAGAUACGAUAAGAGAUGAUCGAGGGAGAUAUUAUUAUGUGGAAAAAAAAUAUAUGUACCUAUUUUUACAAAGAAAAUUCUAUAUUCUUCAUAGCUUUAGUCAUUUGCCCUUGCCACACAAAUAGUGGUUAGUUAAUGUCAAGCUAAUAAAGGGAUGUAUUUGUUAAGAAAAAUGGUUCAACGAUAUCUUUGUUAAAACCACUAAAGUAGAGGAACAUGUUCAGUCAUUAACCUUAAUUUUAUUUUAUUUUUUUGCUGGUUGGAGUCGAUCCGUAAAGCUCUUACUUACGUUCCAUUAGGAGCUAGGAAUAUUUACACUAAUCUUAAUUGAUCAAUUAAUACUAACUUUAGCGCCGGCAUUAGAUGCUUUAUUGAUCCCACUUGUAAGAAAAUUCUAUAUUCUUCAUAGCUUUAGUCAUUUGCCCUUGCCACACAAAUAGUGGUUAGUUAAUGUCAAGCUAAUAAAGGGAUGUAUUUGUUAAGAAAAAUGGUUCAACGAUAUCUUUGUUAAAACCACUAAAGUAGAGGAACAUGUUCAGUCAUUAACCUUAAUUUUAUUUUAUUUUUUUGCUGGUUGGAGUCGAUCCGUAAAGCUCUUACUUACGUUCCAUUAGGAGCUAGGAAUAUUUACACUAAUCUUAAUUGAUCAAUUAAUACUAACUUUAGCGCCGGCAUUAGAUGCUUUAUUGAUCCCACUUGUUUGGUUUGGUGCUAGAUUACUGUUGUUGUUGCAAUUUGCAAAUUGAUUAAGGUUCAAAGAUGCAAUUGGACCACCCAAAAGCUUAGCACAUGGGAUUAGCUUAAUGUUCAAAAUUGUACUUGUACAGUUAACUACACUACUUUCUGUCUCUUAAACCCAACUGAUUUUUUUUUAAUAAUUAUUGUUUAGGCUGGAUUAGGCAAUGAUUACCCCCUAACUCAAAGGCCUGGAACACUAAUAAAGGCCCAUUGUUGUUUUGGGGGCCCUAUCACUAUAAAGGCCUUGAAUUCCUUUUUUUUUUUUUUUGCCAAUCCUACGGUGCCGCGAUUAAAAGUGCGACACCGGUGCCGCUACAUUUGAUUGGUCCACGUGGCACUGACAGUAUGACAUGGCAUUAGUUACUAAUGAUCAACCCAAAUCCGUGACCCAUCAACCUGAGCCAACCACUGACCAAACAAUCUUUUCCCCACCCCUUUCUCUCUCGUUUAGGGAUGGCAAUGGGUCGGGUUGGGUCGGGUUUUGCCAAACCCAAACUCAUGGGUUUAUCCGUGAAAAAAACCCGGGGUAAAACCCACUGGGUUUGAAAACUCAAACCCAAACCAACCCGCUGGGUAUCCGCGGGUUCAUGGGUACCCACGGGUUUUUGUCGUAAAAAAUUCACAAUAACAAAUUCCUAUCAAAAUU